CUUUGCUUCUGCUUCAUCAUUCAAUCAACCCUUGGAUAAGACACUACAAAAUGUUGGCCAGCAGAUCAUUCAGACCAGCUGCACAGCUGUCACGGCAAGUCCGCCGCUACGCCUCCGACUCCUCCAGCAGCGGCAGCAGCAACGCCCUCCUGUACAGCGCCAUCGGCGUCGGCGCCCUCGGAGGCGGCUACUGGUACCUCAACAGCGGCAAAGCGCCCGCAGCCGUGACGCAAAAGGUCAACGAGGCCGCGGCCAAAGCGGGCGUGGAGGAAAAGAAAGUCUUCCUCGGCGGCGACCAGGGCUUCAUCAAACUGCCGCUCGACAAGGUCGAGGAGAUCAACCACAACACCAAGAAGUUCCGCUUCAAGUUUGAGGAUGAGGAGGCUGUUAGCGGGCUGCAUAUUGCCAGUGCGCUGCUGACGAAGGUGAAGAAGGAGGGGGCGGAGAAGCCGACGGUCAAGCCGUAUACACCUACCAGUGAUGAGGGCACAAAAGGCUACCUCGACCUCAUAAUAAAGAAAUACCCCGGCGGCGCCAUGUCGGAGCACAUCCACUCGCUCAAGCCGGGCGACACGCUGGAGAUCAAAGGCCCGAUCCCCAAAUACCCGUGGUCGACCAACAAGCACAACCACAUCGCGCUCCUCGCCGGCGGCACGGGCAUCACGCCCAUGUGGCAGCUCGUGCGCGCCAUCUUCAACAACCCUGACGACAAGACCAAAGUGACGCUCGUCUUCGGCAACGUGACGCAGGAGGACAUUCUGCUGAAGAAGGAGUUUGACGAUCUGGCGAGCAAAUACCCGCAGCAGUUCCGCGCGUUUUACGUGCUGGAUAAGCCGCCCGAGGGCUGGAAGGGGGGCAAGGGCUUCAUUACGAAGGAUUUGCUCAAGGAGGUCAUCCCCGGCCCGAAGGAGGAGAAUGUCAAGGUCUUUGUUUGCGGACCGCCGGGGCUCGUCAAGACAAUUUCGGGCGAGAAGAAGUCGCCUGCGGAACAGGGGGAGUUGACGGGGCAUUUGAAGGAGUUGGGGUAUGAUGAUUCGCAGGUGUAUAAAUUCUAGAUAUGCCGCGAGGUUGGAAGCGGAUGUAUAUAGACGUGAAAACCUGAAGGCAUCUUCUUAUCGUUCUAC